AUGCCCGGGGCAGCUGCUCUCGGGGCCCCGGCGCCUCCGCUGCUGUCUCUGCUGCUGCUGCUGCUGCUGCCGCCGCCGCCGCUGCCCCGCGGCGCGGGGGGGCUCGCGGAGCGCUCGGAGGCCGCCCGGGACCCCUCGGCGCUGGAAGGCGAGGACGGCGCGGAGCCGCAGCUGGAGCGCUACCACGACCCGUGCAAAGCCGCUGUCUUUUGGGGAGAUAUUGCCUUAGAUGAAGAGGACCUGAAGUUAUUUCACAUUGACAAAGCCAGAGACUGGAUCAAGCAGUCAGUAGAGGAAGGGGGACAUAGCACAGGUGGGCUCGAGGAGCGGCCGCGUGAAAGCUGGCAGAGUGCUGCAGCCGCGAACGCCAGCAGCAACGAGGAAGCUGGAAAGGAUGGUGAGGAGAAUGCUAUGCUUCUGCACAGCCCCAGGACCUCAGAUGCCAGAGCUGAGACCUUUUCUCCCCGCAUCCGGAGAGCCACAACCUCAAGGACAGAGAGAAUAUGGCCUGGAGGGGUCAUCCCCUACGUCAUUGGUGGGAACUUCACUGGAAGCCAGAGGGCCAUUUUUAAGCAGGCCAUGAGACAUUGGGAGAAACACACCUGUGUGACCUUCAUAGAAAGGACUAAUGAAGAGAGCUUUAUUGUGUUCAGUUACAGGACUUGUGGCUGUUGUUCCUAUGUUGGGCGCCGAGGAGGAGGCCCACAGGCCAUAUCCAUUGGGAAAAACUGUGACAAGUUUGGCAUUGUGGCACAUGAAUUGGGCCAUGUAGUUGGGUUCUGGCAUGAACACACCCGGCCAGACAGAGACCAGCAUGUCACCAUCAUCAGAGAAAACAUCCAACCAGGUCAGGAGUAUAAUUUCUUAAAAAUGGAAGCUGGGGAAGUGAGCUCUCUGGGAGAGAUCUACGACUUCGACAGCAUCAUGCACUACGCCCGGAACACUUUCUCCAGAGGAGUUUUCUUAGACACCAUCCUCCCCCGUCGAGACGACAAUGGCAUCAGGCCAACCAUUGGCCAGCGUGUGCGGCUCAGUCAGGGAGACAUAGCUCAAGCCAGGAAGCUGUACAAAUGCCCAGCAUGUGGGGAGACCCUGCAGGACACAGCAGGAAACUUUUCUGCACCUGGUUUCCCAAACGGCUACCCUUCUUAUUCCCACUGUGUCUGGAGGAUAUCGGUCACUCCGGGGGAAAAGAUCGUCCUGAACUUCACAUCCAUGGAUUUGUUUAAGAGCCGCCUGUGCUGGUAUGACUAUGUGGAGGUCCGGGAUGGUUACUGGAGAAAAGCCCCCCUGUUGGGUAGGUUUUGUGGCGAUAAAGUCCCGGAGCCCCUCACGUCCACAGACAGCCGGCUCUGGGUGGAGUUCCGGAGCAGCAGCAGCCUCUUGGGCAAGGGUUUCUUCGCAGUGUAUGAAGCUACAUGUGGGGGAGACAUUAACAAAGAUGCUGGUCAGAUUCAGUCUCCUAACUACCCGGAUGACUACAGACCUUCCAAGGAAUGUGUUUGGAGGAUUACGGUUUCAGAAGGGUUUCAUGUGGGGCUUACCUUCCAAGCUUUUGAGAUUGAAAGGCACGACAGCUGUGCAUACGACUACCUGGAAAUCCGCGAUGGCCCCACAGAAGAGAGUGCCCUGAUUGGCCAUUUUUGUGGCUACGAGAAGCCAGAAGAUGUGAAAUCGAGCUCCAACAGAAUGUGGAUGAAGUUUGUGUCCGAUGGCUCUAUCAAUAAAGCGGGCUUUGCAGCCAAUUUUUUCAAGGAGGUGGAUGAGUGUUCCUGGCCGGAUCAUGGAGGGUGUGAGCAGCGCUGUGUGAACACUCUGGGCAGCUAUAAGUGUGCAUGUGAUCCGGGCUACGAGCUGGCUGCAGAUAAGAAGACGUGUGAAGUGGCCUGUGGCGGUUUUAUUACCAAGCUGAAUGGAACCAUCACCAGCCCUGGGUGGCCGAAGGAGUAUCCUACAAACAAAAACUGCGUCUGGCAGGUGGUGGCCCCUGCUCAGUACCGGAUCUCCCUUCAGUUUGAAGUGUUUGAACUGGAAGGCAAUGAUGUCUGUAAGUACGACUUCGUGGAGGUGCGCAGUGGCCUGUCACCCGAUGCCAGGCUGCACGGCAAGUUCUGCGGCUCUGAGAUGCCCGAGGUCAUCACCUCCCAGAGCAACAACAUGCGUGUGGAGUUCAAGUCAGAUAACACGGUCUCCAAACGCGGCUUCAGAGCCCACUUCUUCUCAGACAAGGACGAGUGCGCCGAGGACAAUGGCAGGUGCCAGCACGAGUGCGUCAACACAUCUGGCAGCUAUCUGUGCCGGUGCAGAACCGGGUACCGGCUCCAUGACAAUGGGCAUGACUGUAAAGAAGCUGGCUGUGCACACAAGAUCAGCAGUGCAGAGGGGACCCUGGCGAGUCCCAACUGGCCUGACAAAUACCCCAGUCGGAGGGAGUGCACCUGGAACAUUUCUUCAACCGCGGGCCACAGGGUGAAACUCACAUUUAAUGAGUUUGAGAUCGAGCAGCACCAAGAAUGUGCCUACGACCACCUGGAGCUGUAUGACGGGCCCGACAGCCUGGCCCCCAUCCUUGGCCGUUUCUGUGGCAGCAAGAAACCAGACCCCGUGGUGGCUUCAGGCAGCAGCCUGUUUCUCAGGUUUUAUUCAGAUGCCUCUGUACAGAGGAAAGGCUUCCAGGCGGUGCACAGCACAGAGUGCGGGGGCCGGCUGAAGGCCGAGGUGCAGACCAAAGAGCUGUACUCGCACGCCCAGUUUGGAGACAACAACUACCCGAGCCAGGCCCGCUGUGCCUGGGUGAUCGUGGCGGAGGACGGCUACGGCGUGGAGCUGAUAUUCCGCAUCUUCGAGGUGGAGGAGGAGGCGGACUGCGGCUACGACUACAUGGAGGCGUACGACGGCUAUGACAGCACAGCGCCCAGGCUCGGCCGCUUCUGCGGCUCCGGGCCACUGGAAGAGAUCUACUCUGCAGGAGAUUCUCUAAUGAUUCAAUUCCACACGGAUGACACCAUCAACAAGAAAGGCUUUCACGCCCGAUACACCAGCACCAAGUUCCAGGACGCCCUGCACAUGAAGAAGUAACAUCGAUGUUCGUGAAAGAC